AGAAAUCAGUAUCGGGAUUUAGAUUUGUACAAGUGACAUGAGAGUGAAAUCUUGCUUCAAUACUUGUUAAGGACAUCACUUAACGUAGUGGCCUAACGAAUAUUCAAUUUUUAAAACUUUAUGCAGCUGUUUGAAAUGUUUUAAAUAUUAAGACAAAUUUAAAACUAUCCCAAAAGGUUGGAUAGUUAAGUGAACUUAACCCAAUAAAUGAUUACUGUCCUUAAAAUAACUCUGACAAAAAUUCCUGGGCUGUAAACCCUCCAUCUGUAGCCUGUCUUUUAACUAAAAUUCAAUAAAAUUCCCACAUUUUUCUCUCCAUAGGUUUAAAAGGCCAGACACAUCCCCUCACAUCUCCACCUUUUUCUGAGAGAAGUCUAACGAAAAAUCUCUCAUUUUCUAACCCUCAAAACCGUGCAAAUGCAUUGCCUCCCAUUUCUCCUUCUCCCAAGUUGUUAGUUUUUUUGGUUUUUUCCCCCUUCAAACUGCAAUUAGCUAACCCCGCCCCACCUCCGGGGUCCUCCUCCUUCAAUACUCCCGGAGGACCCUGAUCCGCUCCUCCUCCUCCUCCUCCUCCUCCUCCUCUAUGCGCCUUCGUUUGUUUCUUGUCAAACAAGUUUUGAGUUUGACCUACAUUUUUUUCUUUUUAACUUUUUGCUAACUUGAUUAAUUUUCUGGAAAAAGACUGGCGUUGUAAUAUUUAACUACAUUCUGAAUUAUCUAGCAAGCAUUCAACCGUUUGCCAAAGUUCUUCUGUAAGUUGAAAGGAGGUUUGUGAAUAUCAAAGAUUAGUCGGAAGACAUGAGCUGCUUUCCGUGUUUCGGUUCACAGAGAAGUAAGAGAUCAAAUAGCAACAAGAGAUUAGAGAAUGCCUCCUCUCCUCCUCCUAUCGCGCAAGAAUUGAAGAAACAAAAACCUGCAGAGGCCAACGGGGGAGUUAACCCAAAAGAUAUUAAUGCAAAGACUUUUACUUUCCGUGAGCUCGCCACUGCAACAAAGAAUUUCCGGCAGGAAUGUCUUUUGGGGGAAGGUGGAUUUGGAAGAGUCUAUAAGGGAACCCUUCAAUCGAGCGGGCAGGUGGUGGCGGUGAAGCAACUAGACAGACAUGGAACGCAAGGGAACGAAUUUCUUGGGGACGUUUUGACGCUAAGCCUCCUACACCAUCCAAAUCUGGUUAACCUAAUUGGAUAUUGUGCUGAUGGAGAUCAAAGACUUUUGGUGUAUGAAUUCAUAUCCGGGGGUUCUCUAGAUGAUCGUGUUCUUGGCAAUGGACCAGAUAACAAGCCAUUAGAUUGGUACACCCGAGUUAAAAUAGCUUAUGGUGCUGCUAUGGGACUGGAGUACUUGCACGAAAAGGCCAAUCCCUCUGUUGUCUAUCGAGAUUUGAAAUCUUCGAACAUCUUGUUAGACGAAGAAUUCAAUCCAAAGCUCUCAGAUGUUGGACUUGCCCAGCUUGGCCCUGAGGGAGAUAAGAUGCAUGGACCAUCAAGAUUGAUGGGAACCUAUGGUUUCUGUGCUCCUGAGUAUUCUAGAUCAGGUGAAGUCACAAUGAAGUCGGAUGUGUACAGUUUCGGAGUUAUUCUUCUGGAGCUCAUUACCGGAAGAAGAGCCGUCGACACUACAAGGUCAAAUGAUGAGCAAAAUCUAGUAUCUUGGGCACAACCCUUAUUCAGGGACCCAAAAAAGUAUCCUGAUAUGGCAGAUCCUCUUCUUAACAAGCAGUUCCCGGAAAGGGAUCUAAAUCAAGCUGUUGCAAUGGCAUCCAUGUGUUUGCAAGAGGAGGCAGCAGUCCGUCCCUUCAUGAGUGACGUUGUGACUACUCUAAGUUUUCUUUCCACAACUCCUCCUCCUCCUGAGUCUGUCCCUGCUCCUCUUCCAGCUGAUCCAACCCCAACUGAAAAACGUGAAGAGAACAAUGAUGAUUCAGAAUGUGUUUCCGAAUAUUCAGAAGACGAUAAUUCUGAUGCUGCAGGAGAUUAUGAUGAUGAAGACCAGGAGGCUUCUGAUCAGGAGAGUAUCAGAAAUUCAAAGAGCAACCGCCGUAAUGUUGACAUUUCAGAAGGUGAAGGUAGUGAAGAUGAACGCGUAACUGUUACAGAAUCCAAAGAAUGGCAUUCAUUUACAAGGGGCAGCAUGAUAUCACGGAAUGACAGUGUUAAUUCAAGUGACCAGAGCAGCAAGGGUGGUAAUAAUCUGGAUGGUAAUUCAAACCAAGUGAGCAGCAGUCAAUCCAAAUAUGCAAGUGUUUCUUCUAGAAGCAGCAGCAGAGGGUCAACAGAAGAAACCGUUUCCACUAGCAGAAAGAAAAAAUCAUCACAAAAAGAGACUGCUACCGUUACAUUAGGCGGCAAUAGCAGUACCGAGGAAAAAUCAUCAGAAGCCGGAAGUGUUUGCACAGAUGAUCAGGAUCAGGAAAACAGAAGCAGCAAAGUACCACAACUACCACCAGUACUGAAAGAUGGAAAAGAUUCUGUAGACCAACACAGAAACAACGACGGAUCGCAGGAUUUUAAAACAUCGAAAAAAUGUCAAUCCAAUCACUACUAAAAUGUCUCUAACUUGCACAUACAUAUGAACAUGAGAUUUUUUUUUUGUUUUUUUUGUUUUGUAUGGACGAGCCAUGCAUGGCUUUUGUCCUUCAAAGAUAGCGAACGAGACGCAUUGCUACGAAGGUGUCCUUAUUGAGAUGCAUAAGUACUUUGGUAGAAGGAGAAGGCGCAUGAGGCCAAGAAUUUUAUGAUGUGCUAGCUUCUCUCUUUAUUUAUUUUUCUUUUUUUAUUUAUUUAUAAAGAUUUCGAUUAUACUUCAUUUUGAAGACUUCUGUAUCGUCUUGAUUGACAUAUAUCCUUAAACUAAGAGAGACAAACCGGAAACAAACAAAAGAACCUACUUAAUGAUGGCUGGCUUCAGAUAAGAAAUUAAUGUAUUUACCUAUGGGUAUCUUUAGUAGAAUAUUUAAAACUGAAACCUAAAUAUAUAUGAAAAAUAUAGUAGUAAGGCUCAAAACAGUACUAAAAGGGGGUUCCAUCCUCACAAAUAUCAAUGGAGAGUUUUAUAUUAAUUUUCAAAACCUCACGGUGACGCAAAGAUGAAAACAAAUAGAUUCAAUGAUGAUUUUUAUACGAAUUUACAAAACUGACUAAAAACUAUGUGUAAACCCAUGUUUUUGUAACUAUUGCAAUUUUUUUUUUAAUUUUCUACAAGUAUCUUCUUUGAGCAUCAAGGAAAAAUUUAUUAGGCGUUUGGAAGUGAUUUUAUGAUUUGUUGAGUAAUAAAUGUAUAUUUAGUAGAAUAUUAAGGCUAAAAACUAAUUUUGCGAGCAUCAAAGAAAA